UGGAAGGAGAGAGAGAGAGAGAGAGAGGGAGAGAGAGAGAGAGAGAGGAGGUUUGCUGAUUUGAUGGGAUCCCGUUCGAGGCGCGAGGAGAGAAGGGUGGAGACUGCGUGACAUCUCGGUGCUGGUGGAUCGCGCAAGCCUCGAGCGCCGGGAAAAGGGCGGACUCGGUGCUGGAAUCAUGUCGCAGACCAAUUGGGAGGCCGAUAAGAUGUUGGAUGUGUACAUUUAUGACUAUUUGAUGAAGAGAGGCCUGCAGGCCGCUGCAAAGGCCUUUCAAGCUGAAGCCAAGGUGUCAUCCGAUCCAGUGGCUAUUGAUGCCCCUGGUGGUUUUCUGUUUGAAUGGUGGUCUGUGUUCUGGGAUAUAUUUAUUGCAAGGACAAACGAAAAACACUCUGAUGCUGCUGCUUCGUACAUAGAGACUCAGCAUUUAAAAGCAAGGGAGCAGCAACAGCAACAACUGUCUCCACAGCAGCAGCAGCAGCAGCAGCAGCAGCAGCAGCAACAACAACAACAACAACAACAACAACAACAACAACAACAACAACAACAACAACAUAUUCAAAUUCAACAACUUUUGUUACACAGACAGGCACAACAACAGCAGCAACAUCAGCAACAACAACAACAGCCACAACGAAGAGAGGGAUCUCAGCUUUUGAAUGGCAGUGCCAGUGGGCUUGUUGGUACAGAUACUUUGAUGCGCCAGAAUUCUGGAACUGCUAAUGUCUUAGCAACAAAAAUGUAUGAAGAACGGCUGAAGUUGCCACUUCAAAGGGAUUCUCCAGAUGAUCAAUCAAUUAAGAGGUAUGGUGACAAUGUGGGUCAGGUCAUGGACCCAAACCAUGCUCCCAUGCUGAAGUCAGCUCCAAAUCCUGGACAACCUUUAGGGCAUGUUUUGCAUGGUUCGGCUGGUGGUCUAUCAGGGCCUCUGCAGCUGGUUCAGGCUAGGAAUCAACAGCUUCCUGGGUCAUCGCAGGACAUAAAGAGUGAGAUUAAUCCAGCUUUAAGCCCCAGAGCUUCAGGUCCUGAUGGAUCAUUAAUUGGAAUUCCAGGUGCCAAUCAGGCUGGAAACAAUCUGACUCUGAAAGGCUGGCCCCUGACUGAUCUAGAUCAACUUCGUACGGGGUUUUUGCAACAGCAAAGAACACUUAUGCAGUCACCUCAGUCGGUUCAUCAACUUCAGUUUCUGAGUCCCCAUCAACAGCAGCUACUGCUUCAGGCACAGCAAAAUCUGAGUUCCCCAUCAGCUGCUGAUAUUGAUAACAGAAGGCUACGGAUGCUUUUGAACAACAAGAACAUGCUCUUGGGAAAGGAUGGCCAGUCAAAUGCUCUUAAUGAUGUCAUUCCAAAUGCGGGAUCUCCCAUGCAAACAUCAAACCCUGUGAUGUCUCGCACUGAUUCAGAUUUGUUAAUUAAGAAAGUAGCUCAGUUACAACCACAACAACAAAGCAGUAACAGUCAGCAACAGCAGCUUCAACAACAUUCUCUUUCAAGUCAACAAUCACAAAACUCAAAUCACCUUAAUCAAGAAAAACUUGGCACAGCCAAUAUGAUGGUUGAUGGAAGCAUGUCAAAUUCAUUUAGAGGGACUGAUCAGACCUCAAACAAUCAAAGUGGCCGGAAGCGGAAGCAGCCUGUGUCAUCCUCAGGUCCUGCCAAUAGCACAGGAACAGCAAAUACUGCUGGACCUUCUCCAAGCUCUGCACCCUCAACGCCAUCCACUCAUACGCCAGGAGAUAUGAUUUCAAUGACACAACUGCAACAUAAUGGUGGGUCAUCUAAGCCUAUGAUUAUGUUUGGUGAUGCGACGGGUGCUUUGACAUCUUCAGCCAACCAAUUGGCUGACAUGGAUCGCUUUGUGGAGGAUGCAUCUUUAGAUGACAACGUAGAGUCAUUUCUAUCUCAUGAUGAUACUGAUCCAAGAGAUGUGGUUGGUCAUUCUAUAGUUGCUACAAAAGGAUUCCCAUUUACCGAGAUCAAAUCAGCCAGAGCUAGUACAAAUAAAGUUGUUUGUUGUCACUUUUCCUCGGAUGGAAAACUCCUUGCAACCGGAGGCCAUGAUAAAAAGGCUGUUUUGUGGCAUGCUGAUACCUUAAAAAGUGAAUCUACAUUGGAGGAACACACACUGCUGAUUACUGAUGUUCGGUUUAGUCCUAGCAUGCCACGCCUAGCUACAUCCUCAUUUGACAAGACUGUCAGAGUAUGGGAUGCUGAUAAUCCAGGCUAUUCCCUCCGUACUUUCACUGGCCAUUCUGCAUCAGUCAUGUCCCUUGACUUUCACCCAAGUAAAGAGGAUCUCAUUUGUUCCUGUGAUAGUGAUGGGGAAAUGCGUUACUGGAGUAUAAACAAUGGUAACUGUGCCAGAGUUUUUCCGGGUGGAACAACUCAAAUGAGGUUUCAACCUCGUCACGGUAGGUAUCUUGCUGCGGCCGCUGAGAACACCAUAGGCAUACUAGAUGUUGAGACACAAGCUCGCAGGCAUUUGCUACAGGGACAUACAAAACAUGUUAUUUCGAUCUGCUGGAACUCUUCGGGUGAUCGUCUGGCUUCUGUUAGCGAAGACUCAGUCCGAAUAUGGUCACUUGGUUUGGGAAGCGACGGGGAAUGCAUAAAGGAGUUGAAUUGUAGUGGAACUAAGUUUCACUCAUGUGUUUUUCACCCCAGCUAUCCAUCAUUGCUUGUGAUUGGUUGCUACCAGUCGCUGGAACUCUGGGACAUGAAUGAGAACAAAACCAUGCCCUCUUCUGCGCAUGAAGGUUUAAUUGCAGCAUUGGCAGCAUCCAAUGUAACUGGAGUAAUAGCAUCUGUGAGUCACGAUAAGUGUGUCAAGCUUUGGAAGUAGCCUCUUUGCAGAAACAAGAAGCUAGCUGCUGGUAAUUUGCUGUAAAAGCUAUGAUGUCCUGUAUACCAUGUAGUUAGAGAAGGAUAGUGUUUUGUGGUAUGAGACCUCAUGUUAUAUUAUCAUCUAACUUACGGAACACCUGGUACUAGGUUAAAUAGAUAUUGUACUAACCAUGUGUUGUAUUUUAGUCAUGUAUUGCUGUUUCGUCUCCUAUGCUUCGACUAAUUGCGGCUCGAUCGAGUUGCCCUCGUCUAUAUUGUGGUAUAAAACAAUGGGUAAAUUCUUCUCUUUUCUGGCCUUCU